CAAGCCAGAGGUAGUUGCCUUAUAAUGGACCAACCACCACCACCACCAUGCAAUGAAGACGACCAAACGACGUCAUCGGACACCACCACCACCAGAGACAACUGCCGUAACACCGCCGCCGGCACAAGGCACCCAGUGUACCGCGGAGUACGAAAGCGGCGGUGGGGCAAAUGGGUUUCCGAAAUCCGAGAGCCCCGCAAGAAGUCCCGAAUUUGGCUAGGCUCUUUUCCGGUGCCGGAGAUGGCUGCCCGUGCGUACGACGUGGCGGCGUACUGCCUCAAAGGAAGCAAAGCUCUGCUCAAUUUCCCCGACGAGAUCGAGCUCUUGCCGAGGCCUUCGAGUUGCGCCGCUAGAGAUAUUCAGGCAGCGGCGGCAAUGGCGGCGAAGUCUGUGGCGGCGGCGGCGGCGGAGAAGAAGAAAAGCGGCGGCGCUUCGGACAGUGACGGCGGAGAUGAUGAUGAUUUCUGGGGUGAAAUUGAGCUGCCGGAGCUGAUGGAGAGUGGUGGUGGGGGUGGUAGAGAGGCUUGGACUGAGAGGAGUGAUUAUUUGUCCGAGGCAUGGUUCCGGGAUUCUUGUGAUGGGGCUUUCGCUGGUGAUGCCACGUGGGUUGAUGGAUAAAAAGUAAAAAAAAAAAUUCAAGAACACAAAAAUGGAUCACCGAACCGUACAAAACAUUCUCAAAUAAAGUGAGCCUUGUUAUUUUCAUUUUUGUAUAUAUGUACUCAUAUAAAAGAUUGUAUUUAAUUUCUGUACAAAUAAAACAACCGUUCUCUUAAAUGCAUAAUUUGGCAUUAAUGGUGUA